AUGCCAACCUCAAAUGAACAACCCCCGGGGGGGGGGGGGGGGGGCGAUAUCAACACUGUCAUCACUCCUGAAACGUCGAGGAUUAUCACCACGAAUGCCAAGCGAGGCUAUGUAACAUUGAGCAUACCCACAUGUCUUCGUGUAGCAAAGGCACAGAGCAUGGACAAGGAGGAAACCAGGGAACACACGCGCGAAGUCAUGGAGCUCGACCGGAAACACAACCACGGAACCGCCAGAGCCAGAACAGCAAGGAUAUGUAACUGCCCCAAAAACGAAGACGUGAACUGGAGACUCAGUAUAACUGUAAGAGUCCACAACUGGCAGAGGCUCCCCCAAGACGGCAUCUAG